AUGGCUGCCGAAUCUGCCCUUUCAAAGGGGUCACUGGACCUCAUCUUCAAUGAUCCCGACAAGGCGGCCAAAGAGUUCCCUGUCCCGGUGAUGCAAUGUCUGCAGGUCAAGCAAAUGGCACCUUCCGCCCAGGGUGGCGACAGAUAUCGACUCGUCAUGAGCGAUGGUCAGCACUAUGUUCAGACCAUGCUCGCAACCCAGGCCAACCAUGUUGUCCACGAGGAUAAGCUAGUGCGCGGCUGUAUCGCUCGCAUCAAGCAAUACACGCCCAAUAAUCUCAAAGGCAAGAAUAUUCUCAUUAUCCUUGACAUCGAAGUAAUCGAGAACUAUGGUAUUCUCGACAAGAUUGGCGAGCCCUCGGCUGUGGAGUCCAGGGCCGCCGAGACGACCAUUGCCGGCAACGACUUUUACGGCGUCAAAAAGGAAGAGAAGCCCACCCCUCAACAAUCGAUGCCAUCCCGACCGGCGAUGCACGCUGGAAACAACAUUUACCCCAUCGAGGGCCUCUCGCCCUUUUCUCACAAGUGGACGAUCAAAGCCCGCGUCACAUCCAAGUCAGAUAUCAAGACAUGGCACAAGGCGACUGGUGAGGGCAAGCUGUUUAGUGUCAAUCUGCUAGAUGAGAGUGGCGAGAUCAAGGCUACGGGUUUCAACGAUCAGUGCGACGCCUUUUACGAGCUCCUGCAAGAAGGUUCCGUUUACUACAUCUCCACUCCCUGCCGCGUGAACCUUGCCAAAAAGCAAUUUUCCAAUUUGCCCAACGACUAUGAGCUGGCAUUUGAGCGCGAUACGGUCAUUGAAAAGGCCGAGGACCAGACCAACGUGCCUCAGGUGCGAUUCAAUUUCUCCACAAUUGAAGAGCUGCAAAGUGUCGAGAAGGACAAUACCGUCGACAUCAUUGGUGUUCUCAAGGAGGCUGGUGAGGUUAGCGAGAUUGUGUCCAAGAAGACUGGCGCGCCUUACCAGAAGCGUGAGCUUACCAUGGUUGACGAUACGGGGUACUCGGUACGCGUCACCAUAUGGGGCAAGACGGCCAGCUCUUUCGACGCACAGCCCGAGUCAGUUAUUGCAUUCAAGGGCACCAAGGUGUCUGACUUUGGCGGCAAGAGUUUGAGCUUGCUCUCGUCCGGUACAAUCUCCGUCGACCCAGACAUUCCCGACGCCCACCGAUUGAAGGGGUGGUACGACUCGAGCGGCCGCAACGACACCUUUGCUACGCACCAGAACCUUGCCAGUGUCGGCGCUGCUGCUGGUCGCAACGACGAGAUCAAGACCAUUGCGCAGGUCAAGGAGGAGAAUCUGGGCGUGGAUGACCAGGCCUACUACACAAUCAAGGCGACCAUUGUCUUUGUCAAGCAGGAUAACUUUUGCUACCCCGCGUGUCUGUCGCAGGGCUGCAACAAAAAGGUCCAAGACAUGGGUGAUGGGACCUGGCGCUGCGAAAAGUGCAACCUGUCGCACGACAAGCCCGAGUACCGCUACGUCUUGAGCUUCAACGUCGCUGACCACACCAGCCACCAAUGGCUUAGCUGCUUCGACGACUCGGGCCGUGCCAUUGUGGGUAUGUCGGCCGACGAGCUAAUGGAACUCAAGGAGAAUGACGAGGCCAAGUUUCUGGCGGCGUUUGAAGCGGUCAAUUGCAAGAAGCUGCAGUUUCGAUGCCGUGCCCGCAUGGACAAUUACGGCGAGGUGCAAAGAGUACGAUACCAGGUCAUGACGGCGUCAUUCCUCGACUUCAAGUCCGAGGGUGCCAAGCUUGCUGAAAUGAUUAAGCAAUACGACUUGAACAACUAG